GCCGUCGACCAAUAAGCCCAAAGAAUAGAAUCCGGGGCCUUGCGCUAAUAAAGUUAACCGCGGGUCAUAGAUAACCAGUCUAGUGGUGCGUGUUGUGAGGCGAACAGCAGAGCAAAUCAGCCGCCAAGUGCUUGGAUACAUGAUGGCAAUUCUUCAGUCAAACCGGGAAAGAAAGCUGCAGCUCCGUGAAUUAAAUCCGCAUAUUACUUGCGGUCUUUGCAGAGGAUAUCUCAUAAAGCCCACGACGAUCACAGAGUGUCUACAUACAUUUUGCCGAAGUUGCAUCAUCCUGAGGUUUCAAGACGGCGAGGUCAACCUGUGUCCAACGUGCAACAUUCUUAUCCACGAGACAAAUCCUCUCGAAAUGCUGAGAUCAGACAAGACGCUGGAAGACAUAAUCUACAAACUAGUACCCGGACUACAAGAAGACGAGAUCAGAAGGACGAAAGAAUUUUACGAAAGUUGUCCGAAAAAGCGAACGAAUCCGAGUGCAGAUGGCGAGGAAGCAAAAGGGAGAGAUUCGCUAUCGCCGCCAUGUAAGGUCAUUAAAACCGAGGGCGACACCAGUGCCUUGCACAGGAAACCCGUGAAAGAUGACUUUCACAGGAGCGACCCGCAGAUUGGCGUGUGCCUCGAAUGCUGCGGCGACUCAAGCACGGAAGAGAACGUAAAGCAACUAAACCGGAAGUUUAUCAAAUGCUCAUCGCGCAUGACCAUUGCGCAUGUCAAGAAAUAUCUUAAGCUGAAGCUGAGCUUGAAAACCGCUGACCAGGUGGAGGUGAUGUGUAAUGGUGAGAUCAUGGGGAAGGACCACACCCUGGAGUUCGUCUACAUGACAAGAUGGCGGGUUAAGGAAGGAAGCAUUUUGAGCCUGCAGUACAGACCGCGGAUAGACUUCACGUGACUCGAGCAAA